CGAAUUUGUAGUUUCUCUUUCAACUUUGGAAGAUAUCACACUCUCUACCCUUCAAAAUUUCAAAUCAUACUCGCUUGAAUAAAUAUUGGAAAAGAGACUGAUUGCAUCGGAAAAUCCAUUCGAGGGGCAAAGUAAGAAGAAAAAUUCACAAAAAGUUGUUCUAGGAGCGUUAACAUGGUGGAGGCCGCGAUCUUAGGGAUGAUACAACAUCUCGAGAGUUCGUAUGCUGCAUGCCAUGACUUGGAACUCAGAAUUAAAGAGCUAAGAGGGGUGUUGGAUUUCUUGAGUGACUUGAAAAUGGAAGAGAGCAAAAGGCCAAAAUAUUUGAUGGCUGACUUGCUCGAGUUGGCUCAAGAUGUUGCAGAUAGUAUUGAAAUUGAAGAUUUCUGGUUCAUGAGAUACCAAAGUGAGAUCAAGUUGAAAAAAAUACAAAUCAUAAACUUUGGAGCUGAUGACAAAAAUGACAGAGGAGAAGAAGAAGAAAAAGAAGAAGGAGAAGACACAGUGCGCAAGUUGGUUGAUAAAGUAUUAUUAAACGAUUUUUGUAGACACAGUGUUUGGCUUAUCAAAGGCAUGAUUGGUAUCGGAAAGACAACUCUUGCGAGACAAGUAUACAACCAUAAGGACGUCGUAGGCUGGUUCGAGCACCGGGCGUGGGUGUCCAUUACUAGUGAUAAGAGUAACAAAGAGAUACUUGUGGAUCUGAUACAACAGAUGAUGGUAGGCAGUGACGAACUAAUUGAAAGAGAUUAUCUGUUGGAGGAAAAGGAUAAUCGAAGUCUACAAAAGAUGCUUGGGAAACACCUGGAAGGAAAGCGAUAUUUAAUGGUUUUCGACAACAUGCCCAAAGGAAUGGACUUGAGCCUCAUCUUCCGACCAAUAGUUGGUCCAGCACAAACACCCGUAUGAAGGGUUUGGAGAAGGUUGUCGGCGAUCUGGAGAAGAAGACGAAGACGUUGGCCACUAAGGUCAAUGAAUUAAAAAUUCAAUGCCUGAAAAU